GAAAGAGAGAGAAGACACUCUUUAGUCUUUACCCUCCUGUGCUUGUUCUUCGAGGGUUUUCAGACAGUGGAAAGAGGAAAGAGGAAAAAGAUGAGAGGACCUCUAGGAGCUGUGAUUGGAAGAUACACCUCAAGUGAUGGGAGUGACAAAGAUGGGAUCAUCAAACACAACAGAAAGUGCAGAGACAUUACCUUCCUCGUCAUCUUCAUUGCCUUUUGGGUCUCAAUGAUUGUCAACUCCAGCUUUGGUUUCAACCAAGGAAACCCAUUAAGACUCACAUAUGGAUUAGACUACGAAGGGAAUGUGUGUGGUAGCAACCACCGUCACCGUGACCUUACUCAGCUCGAGCUUAGAUACUGGCUAAACCCUAACCAAGUCUACGAAAGUGGUCUGAAAGAUGGGGAGCUCACAUUGGGUAACGCUAGGACUAUCUGUCUCUUGGACUGCCCUGAACCUUCGGAUGAUACUCUCAACUGGGUCUGUGACUAUCCAGAUGGCGAGAUACGUCUCAAGAUGGAUGAUUGGAUCGACAGGAACUAUGAUUACUUUGAGUUUCUUACUCCUGAAAUGAGGAACUCCUCUCUUCAGCUCCAGGGUCCUUGUUACCCUAUCAUCUUCCCUAGCGUCAAUGUUUAUUGGAGCUGUCAGUAUAUAGCUCGUGCUUCGAACUCAUCCCUGCGACAUUGGCAGCAGAUGGGUGGUGUGAGUAUUCAAGAGGAUAUGAUCAUUGACAAAUCUAUCAGAAGAUCAAUGAACUCUCGUGCCUCGGUUCUAAAGAGGUAUGUGGCUGAUAUUGGCAAGUCAUGGCCAGUAUUGAUUGUAUGUGGAGGCCUUGUCCCGUUGUUUCUAUCCAUUGUCUGGCUGCUCCUUAUCCGUCACUUUGUAGCUGCCAUGCCCUGGAUAACUGUUGUCCUUUUCAACAUGCUUUUAAUAUCUGUCACCAUCUUCUACUACUUGAAAGCUGGAUGGAUUGGGGAUGAUGCUGUAACACCUAUCAUCGGUGAGCAUGAUCCAUACAUUCAUGUGUAUGGUCGAGAGCUGACUCAUGUCCGUAUAGUCGCUAUUCUGAUGACUUUCAUCUCAGCUGUUGCUAUCCUCACUUCUAUAGCCAUCAUUCGCCGUAUCCUUAUGGCCACAUCAGUCCUCAAGGUAGCUGCUAAAGUAAUAGGAGAAGUGCAAGCUCUGAUUAUAUUCCCAGCUAUACCAUACGCGAUGCUAGCAAUAUUCUAUAUGUUCUGGCUAUCAGCAGCUCUCUAUCUAUUCAGUUCGGGUCAAGUUGUUCAGAACAACUGCAACAACACUAACUGCUGCGCGUACGAUCUCGUUUUAAAGAAAGUGAACUGCGAGCAUUGCUGUGGUUACAGCAUACGUUACACUCCUCACAUUACAGUUGCCAUAUUCUUCCAUCUCUUUGGCUGCUACUGGGCCACACAGUUCUUCAUUGCAUCUUCAGCUACAGUCAUUGCUGGCUCUGUUGCUUCCUAUUAUUGGGCUCAAGGGGAAGAAGCAGCAUCGCCAGAGAUACCGUUUCUUCCUGUUUUCGCCUCGAUGAAGCGGCUUGCACGCUACAACUUGGGAUCUGUGGCUCUUGGUUCGCUCGUGGUCUCUUUUGUGGAGUCUGUUAGGUUCAUUCUUGAAGCUAUUCGUCGUAGGACGAAAGUGAGAGGGACCACGCCUGAUCAUUGGCUUGGGAGAAUGGGUUAUUACACUUCACGUGGUUGUCUUAAAAGCAUUGAGUGGACCAUCAAAUCGGUUAACCGCAAUGCUUACAUAAUGAUUGGUAUAACAGGGAAAAGCUUUUGCAAAUCAUCAGAAAUAGCUACAGAGCUGAUAAUAAACAACAUAAUGAGGAUAGGGAAGGUGAAUGUAAUAGGAGAUGUGAUAUUGUUUCUAGGGAAGCUCUGUGUGAGUCUCUUCAGUGCUCUCUUUGGGUUUCUCAUGUUGGAUUCACACAAGUACCGCUCUUCUCACAACAAAGUCUCCUCCCCUCUCUUACCCGUUUUGGCAUGUUGGGGUUUGGGGUAUGUUGUGGCAACACUAUUCUUUGGGGUGGUGGAGAUGUCGAUAGACACAAUCAUACUCUCGUUUUGUCAAGACUCGGAAGAGAAUCAAGGGAAUGCUCAGCAUGCACCGUCUCUUCUUCUUGAAACUUUGGAUAGCAAUCAUUAUGAGGAAGAGGGUUAAGAGACUUUGUCCACUGACUGAUAGAUUCCAUACUGUAUAAGUUUUGUUCUUCUUUUAUAUGGUUUCAAGAAGUGGAAUCUUAUGUUUAUGUCAAAACAUUAUUAUUAUUAUUAUUAUAAGCAUUUUGUAAUGUCAGAUGGUUUGAUGAUGAUGAUCUUUGAUUCUGAAACCAAAAAUAUAGGGGUCCUUAUUACAUGUUAGAUGCAACAAUUAGAAAAGAAAAAAAAAAGGAAAAAUGUGAUUUUUCUGAAGUUUGAGGAUACAUAUAGAAAUAUGUAUGCAGUCUUUUAUGUUUUAUAUAUUGUGGACUAAAUCCUUCAUAGUUUUACUCUUAUAAAAAAAAGCCCACUUCUGUUUCAUUUUCCCACCGUCAACUAUUGUCUUCUCCGUUCUCACUCCUCCGGUCGGCGACGUAUUCAGUGGUACAGGUGAGGAAGUAAAUGAUGGGUUCUAGAGGAGUGAUCAGCGAUAAGUGGUCAAUGAGGAUUCUAUGGGGAUGUGCACUUGGAAGUGCAAUCGGUUUAUACAUGGUUGCUGUAGAGAGACAAACCCAGAACAGGGCACGUGCUUUGGCUGAAGGUAUGAGAGCUGCUGAGUCACAAGCUGGUGGUGCUGCUGAUGGUGAUGGUAGUGUCUGAAUCUACCCAAGUUCCAUCAGUUGAGUUUUUGUUUUUGUUUUUGUUUUUUUAGAUGUAUGGUAACAUCCUGUUUGUUCCAAGGCUUGUGGUGAUGCAGUUACUUGUUGGCAAAUAAUCUCAAUAAGGUUUUGGUACUUGAAGUUUCUAAGCAUACAUGUUUGUGUUAUCAAAAAAAAAUCCUCUUACUUUCUCCCUUUCA